AUGGCGGAUUCUUCAGGAGGGGACCAGCCAACCCACCGGGCAACGACUAUUUCUAUCAGUGAGGGUGAGGAAGGAAAUGAAGGUAUCUAUGGGACGUACGAGGGUAGCACAAAAAUAGAACAUAAGGGCGCUAAUGUCGGCAAAAUGGUCUCACAAGCAGCGGUUACAAGCGACAUACUCGCGCCAGAAGAAGAUGGUGCAGACGACACACCCUGGUCAGACGACUAUGGUGUUGGCGACACACUCUGGUCAGAAGACGCGUUUACAAGAGGCAUACGCGCGUCAGAAGAAGCGGCUAGAAGAGGCAUACGCGCGUCAGAAGAAGCGGCUAGAAGAGGCAUACGCGCGUCACAAGCAGCGGUUACAAGCGACAUACUCGCGUCACAAGAAGCGGUUGGAAGACGCAUACUCUUGCAACAAGAAGCGGUUAUAAGCGACAUACUCGCGUCACACGCAGCGAUUAGAGGCGUCGGCAAACGUGUUUCACGGGCAGCGGUUAUAAGCGACAUACUCGCGUCACACGCAGCGAUUAGAGGCGUCGGCAAACGUGUUUCACGGGCAGCGGUUAUAAGCGACAUACUCGCGUCACAAGAAGCGGCUACAAGAGACAUACUAGCGUCACAAGAAGCGGCUAUAAGAGACAUACUCGCGUCACAAGAAGCGGCUACAAGAGACAUACUAGCGUCACAAGAAGCGGCUAUAAGAGACAUACUCGCGUUACAAGAAGCGGUUACAAGAGGUGUACUCGCGUCAAAAGAAGCGGUUGGAAGACGCAUACUCGCGUCAAAAUAA